AUGCCCCGCGGGCGUCAGCGCGCCGGCCCGGGCCCCAUCGCCAAGGCCGCGCGGACGGCGGCGGCCCCAAGCGGCGGCGGCGGCGGCGGCGGCGGCGGCGGCGGCGGCAACGGCGGCAACAGCGGCAACGGCGGCGGCGGCGGCGGCGGCGCGCGGAUCCGGCGGGGCGGCCCGGGCGGCCGCAGCCCCCGGCAUCGGAGGGCGGCGGCGGCGAGGCGGGGGCGGCCGGGCGCGCGGGCUACGCCUCAGGCCCGAGCGCGGCCGGCAUGCUGCGGGCGCCGCGUCCUGGGCUCUCGAGCUGCGGACCGGGCGCUGGGGCUGGGGCCGGGGCCGGGGCCGGGGCCGGCGAGGCUCCCUCGGCUGGGGCGUCCUCCGGGAGUCGCCUCGGGCGCCGGGCCCGGCGGCUGCGGCCGCUGCUCCCGCUGCUCCUGCUCCUGCUCCUGCCGCGCUCGGGCCGCGCCCGCCCCGGCUGCGAAACGCGCUCGAGCUCGCCCGGAGACGCUCGGCGACCUGGCGGGACACAGCGGCCGAGUCAACGUCCGUCCCGCGGCCUCAGGCUCGGCCUCCCGCCCCGCCCCGCGCCCCCGAGCGCGCCCACUUCCGGCCGCCCUGCCUCGCCCCCUCCCGCGCCUCGCCCCGGCCUCCCGCGCCUCCCUCCCCGCGCCGGCCGCCGCCAUCGUGACUCUGACUGAAGCAGCUCCGGCCCGCUCUCUCGCUCGCUCGCUCGCUGCCUCGGCCGCGGGAACGCGCGCCGCCGGCGUCUCUCGGCCCCGCGCCCACGUGACCGGCGCCGCGGAAGCCAUCUUGAGUCCGGGCAGGCGGAAGCGCCGAAGCGGGUUAUUCACGGCCGAGCGGCGCCAUCUUUGCCGAGGGCGCCCGGCUUCGGACUCCCCCGAGCGCCUCUUCGGCCAUCUUGGACAAGGGCAAAGCGAGCUCGGCAGGGCCCGGCGUGGCGUCACGCCAUCUGCCCCGCCCACCGCCCAAUCGCACUGGACUCCCGUCGCCCCGCCCACACCACGGCUCUAUGCCCCGCCCAUAGCCCAGACCAGCCAAUCCCAUAGUCGAGCGCACCGAGGCCCGCCCCUCUCCAUCCCAGCCCCGCCCGCCUCCCCGUCGGAACCCGCCGUCAGGUGGGACGAGGCCCCGCCCAUCGCCCCGCCCAUCGGGUCCCAGAGCCCCGUGGGCAAGAAGAGGCCCCGCCCCAGCCCCGCCGGCCCUUAG